CCAGUCGUUGGAAAAGAGAAGGCGGCGAAGUUGCGGCAUGUCUGUCAGUCUGCGGGAUCAAUUGCAGCAAUACCUCCAGGAACUGGGCAUCCAGCCUGUGUGUGUAGAGCACCCUGAGGUGUUCACAGUGGAGGAAAUGAUGCCUCAUGUGCAGCACCUGCAGGGUGCACACAGUAAAAAUCUUUUCCUGAAGGACAAGAAGAAGAAAAGUCUCUGGCUGGUGACUGUCCUCCACGAUCGGCAAGUCAAUCUGAACGAUCUGGCAAAGAAGCUGAAUGUUGGCAGUGGAAAUCUCCGCUUUGCAGAUGAAGCUUCCAUGAUUGAGAAGCUGAAAGUAGGCCAGGGCUGUGCUACCCCACUUUCCCUGUUCUGUGAUGUCAAAGGAGACGUCAAGUUUGUCCUGGAUUCCAAAUUCUUAGAAGGUGGUCAUGAGAAAGUUUAUUUCCAUCCUAUGACCAAUGCUGCAACCAUGGGCAUUACUCCGGAUGAAUUUAUGACCUUCUUGAAAAAAACUGGACACGAUCCUGUAAUCAUACAGUUUGAGGACUAGAACGGAAGCACUAAUUUAUUAGUUAUGUUACAGACUACUCUACACCCC